CAAAGCAGUCCCAGAACCAUGAGUAUCCUGAAAAAACCGGUCGACUUCGAGAGUUUGGAGAGCGAGCUGGAGGACGCCUUGAAAACGGACGAACUGUACAAGGUGCAGAACGACGCCAAGCUCCGGGCGAUGGAGCAGCGGGUCCCCACUUACGACCACUUCCGCGGCAUGGUGUUGACCGCGCACUUGAAGCCCCUGGAUCGGUCCGAGUUGCAGAGAAAGGCCCAAGUCUCGUGGAACCGGGCCUGCAACGACGGCGCCCCAAAAUUCGAAGCGCCUCCUCCGUCGAGGGAAGUCGCGUCCAAAGGCGACUCCAGUGGGGGGAUCAGCUCGGAGUUACUGGCCGCGUGGAAGAGCUUGGCCGACUCCCCGGCAAAGUUCGAGCUGCUCGUCCGUCACAAGGACUCCCUGAGGGACAAGUACUUCAAGGUGGAGGUGCCGUCGGACUUUCUGAGGGACGCGCUCAAGGUGUGCUUCGACGUUUGCGGCAAGGGUGCCACGGUGCCGGAGGUGGUGGGCGUUUUGGAGGCUUUCGCCGAGUGCGGCCGCUUCUCGCUGAGUUUGGCGAUGAUCCCGGCUUCCGAGAGGCCCUGCGUCAAACACCUGUUUGAAAAAUUGUUGGACGCCGUGGACAACAGGCCGGACAUGAGCAGGGUCAACCGGCUCGUCGUGUUGUACUGCAUAACGCAGAAAAAGGAUCAAUUUUAG